CUGAUUCGGCGAUACAAAAUUAUGAAAAUUUUGUGGCGUCCUACGAAAAAAAUGCUUGUGGAACUAUUUAAUUUUAAAAACUAAGAAAUAUGCGCCUAAAACACGUAGAAUCGUAUAAAAUAUUUUAACAGAGAAAUCAACAUAGAAGAACAUAGAAACGAUUGAAUGAAGAGAAAAUAAUAAUAAAAAUUAAUAAAUAAAUAAAUAAAAAUAGAAUAAAAAUUUAAUAAAAGAAGAUGAACAAGAAUAAUAAGAUUGAUCUAAGUGAGCGAUUAACAAACUAUAAGAGACGUCACGAAAGUUACAGCCACAACAUGAAUCGACAACUGCAGUAGUGUUCCAAGAAGCGGGGUCACUGAAAACUGAGAAAAAUACCCGAUAACCGAAGGACUGUUCAGUAGCUACCAGGGAAAAUACAAAAACUUCAGAUGCUUUGUAGAAAUCAUCUUCACCAGGGCUAGUGGCAGUUGCCAGCAACGUUGUUGACACCGUCAUAAAUUCAAGUUGAGUUGCCAAAAAUACAAGAAUUGAAUACAAUUUUGCAGUCUUAACAAUAAAAUUUCAACAAAAGCUUAACAACAAUAGAAGCAAUCACAACACAUGAAAUCAACCACAACAACGCCAGCGACAACCAACAGCAACAAAUUCGCUUAAAUUAAAUGAAGGCAUGUAGCUGCCAUAAAAACAACAGCAACACAAAUAACACAUCAAUACACACACCUACAUCCAUACCUACACUUGCGCGCAAAUGGAACAUCAAAACAACACACGUGCAGACACGCAAGAGCACACGCUAGUGUGAUCAUUGAAAGAAAGCAAAAGUAAAGAAAAAAUUCAACAGCCAAAAGCGGAAGCUAAAAAGAUUUAUGUCCAUCAAAUAUUAAAGUUGCCAACGACUUUGGAACACAUUUUUGAAGUCUGCAAAUAACAAAAAAAAAAAAAACUUGACAAGAGCAACAACAACAGCAACCAUACAAUAUAUACAUAUGUACAUCUUGCCAUCAUCAUCAUCAUCAAGGACCCCAACUAAAUAAAUAUAGUCGGCGACUGGGUCAGCCUAGUGCCAGCGAGCUGCUGCUGAGCUUUGCUUGGCAGUGUGCAUAGAAUCAGAGACGGACGGAGGUAGCGACGGGGCUCCGUGCGCGUAACAUUAAAUAAAUUGCAAAAUCACGAGACACUGUACAUACGGUUUGUUCCUGCUUCAACUCUCCGCUUCACGUCUUCCCUACGCGCCACCCAUUCCUGCAUGAAAAUCCACUGCAAUUAUAGCUAAAUCUAGGCGAAAUCUCACGCGCGGCAGUCACUUAUCCAACGCCAGCAGCUGAGAAGUGAGGUAGUGGAGGGAGGGAGGCUAGCAGACAGUAGUCAGCAAGCAGUGAAAGCAUUGGGCGCCACAGAAGUCACAAAAAAGGAUGGCUGUGGCGAUGCGACCAAAUGGUUUACAUCAUGCAGUUUCGCUAGGCACCAUCGAAAUGGCGUGUAAGUCAGCAGCAGCUUCUAGCCAUUACGAUCGCAGUUACGAUUCCGAAGAUGAGAAUAUGAGUCGACGCCGCUUACGACACACCUCCUCCACAGAACUGUAUCCACCUUCAUCCGUUUACUCGAAAGGCGAUAUACGCGAACAGUACUGCCUAACCGAUCGUCAGCUGCAUAGCAUCGAGAGGCCGCGUCGUGAUCGCUUCUUUGGCUGUCUCUCGCGACGUAGCGGUGUGCCGCAAUCCUUUCUGGGUGGCUGUGUUGGGCGAAGGGUGCCAUCAGAUGAAAAUUUAGCUGCGUACGCUCCCUUCUACAAGUAUCCGCGGCAAGUGAAAUUUUAUGCGCUUAGUACUUAUGUGGUUGGGAAAAACAUUUACUUUAUGUAAUCAACUUUGUUUUUUGCAGCUAUCAAAGACA